CUAGAACAAGGGGACAAUUAAAUAGUGAAUCCCAUCCUUGAUCCUUAUCAAUACCUAAUUAUUUUAUUUAAUGCUGGUUGAUUGCAGUCUACUACUACUAGUUAAUUUGUAAAUCUUCAAUCAAGUGAUUUUCUUAUUACUUCCUUCACUUUCAUCUUAAUUUCAGCCUAAUUAUUGAUGCCGGCAACUUGAAGAAAGCUUUUGCUUCAAAGCAAACAAGAAAUUAAUCUUUCUACAAACUAAUUCAUUUAAUACUAGUCAAACUAAUUUACUUGCUUCCAACUUCAAGAUCCUCUAAUUUUGAGAGACCAUUCAAUUUUCAAACAUAUGGAAGAAGGAUUAUUCGGUCCACGGAUAUAUAGUUGCUGUAAAUGCCGAAAUCACAUUGCUCUUCAUGAUGAUAUCGUCUCCAAAAAUUUCCAGGCAAGCACUGGGAGAGCUUAUUUAUUUACGCAUGCCAUGAAUGUAGUGAUAGGGCUAAAGGAGGAUCGGCACUUACUGACUGGUUUGCAUACUGUGGCUGAUGUUAAGUGCUCUGAUUGUGGGGAAGUUUUGGGAUGGAAGUAUGAAAGAGCAUAUGAUGAAAGCCAACAGUAUAAAGAAGGAAAGUUUGUUCUCGAAAAAUUUAAGAUUGUCAAGGAGAAUUGGUAGCCUCGAUGGGAGAGAUUUAUGAACAUAUCUCAAGUGUAUAUAAUUAACUUGGAUAGUAUUUUUACCAGAUGUGUUGUGAAUAUCAGGAAAUUAUUUGUUUAAUAAAUAAACUUUAAUGGCUUUAGUUUCUA